GAAUCCUUUUGUUCACAUUAUCUCUUGAAUCUUUUUGUUCAUAUCGUUUCCUGAAUCCUUUAUUCACAUUAUCUCUUGAGUGUUCAUAUUUAUAUUACUCCUCGAAUCCUUUCGUUCACGUCACUCCUUUAGAUCAAUUUUAUAACAAGUGUAUCUACACCAUGUUCCGUGAACUUGCACUUGUUGCUGCUUCAGCAUCUAUGGCCUUUGCUGCCACCAUCCCCGUUGUCGCCCGGGGCACAGGUGCGGGCGUUACUCCUCACGACCAGUACUCGUCCUCAGUCGGCGUUGUCGGCUGCAAGAUCAACACCAACCGUGUGGCCUAUUGGCCGAGCGCAGUCGACUGCAACGACAUCUGUGUCAAGGUUACCUACAAGGGCCGCUCCCUCAACAUCCUCAAGAUUGACACCUCUGGCGGCGCGUACGACAUCUCGUACGACGCUUGGAACUACCUCGGCUUCGGUAAAUCUGCGAAGGACGACCCGCAAACUGGAGGAGCAAUUGAUAUGACGUACAAGGUCGUUGACCCUAGCGAGUGCGCCGAUCUCAUGGACAACGGCAAGCUGCCCCUCUCGGCAGCCAACAGCAUGGGCUUUGUUUCCUCGUGUCUUAGCCAGCCCGACAGUUUUGUCGCCCAAAACCACGUGCUCUACAACAUCGCCGACCCUGUCUGCCACUAUGGCAUCGACGAGGUGUGCACCCUCGACCUCUCUGUCAGCAACCAGCCCUCGUGUCCCAGCGGUCUCGGCAGCACCGCUCGACUGGACGAGCCGGUGUAUAACAUCCAGUACGGAACCGGCAAGGAGGUUGUCGCUUAAGAGCAUUCUCCCUGUCUUGCGGAGAGCUGUAUAUCCCUGUCUCAAUGUACAUAACCAAAUAUACUAGAAUGCUCGAUAUUGUCAACAGUAUCACAAACCCAAAUGCCCGAGAGGCUGCGAGAUAAUUUUAUCCCGGGUCGGAAAGUUGAAACUGCUAUAGGGCGAAGUCUUCUGAGUUGGGUAUACUCGUAAAAAGGUUAUCCAACCACGAAGAAUCAUCGGUCAGAGCCUGGGUAUCCCCGUAGCACUUUGAUUCAAGGAAGGUGAAUGGGUGUUAAGGGUAGAGCCAAUCUCGAGAAUAUCCUUGUUCUCUCGUCACUGGUGUAGAACAAUCAAAAGGUAUGCCACAUCAAGCCCCCUUCUAUGGCAGUGCUACACCAGAUAUAUCUUACCUGGAUCAGCAUCGACAAUGUAUAGCGCAGCAAUUUGAGGGAUUUU